CUCUCAUUCACUGUCUGAGACAUCAGCAAGCAGCAGGACAGCCCCUUAGUGUGAUGCUGGUGGAGACAUGAAGCAUCUGCAGCUCCUCUUCUUGUGUGGUUACUGCUUCUCAAUGACCGGCAGCAUCAGAGCCAAUGGAUAUUCCUGUGUGAGUGCCUACUGGGACACAGUUACAUGUGUUGUGAACAUCACUGGUGAUCUCGUGGGCCGGUCCAACACCAGCUACAGACUGGACUUCAUUGGCUUCAGUGACACCACUCCCUGUCCCCUUGUGCUGAUGAAUGACAGCUACAACUGCGUCUGCAAAGUCAAGAGAGACUAUUUCAUGGACAUUGAUGUAUAUCGCAUAGACCUUUGUAAUGAAUCCGACUGCGAUACAUUGGAGGAUUAUUUUAUGCCAUCAUUGAACAUUCAGCUGACGCCCCCACAUGAUAUUGAGGUUGACCCAAGUCCAGAGAAUUUCAACGUCACCUGGAGAAGUGGGUACGAAGACCAUGACAAACUUCGCGAUGUGCUCGAAUACGACGUCUCACUUCAAAGGUCCCAAAGCACUGACAACAAAAUUCUCAGCCCCGGGUCACAGAAAUUUGUUCUAAUUCCAAGAGCGGCACUCGAACCCGAUGCUACAUACUGCUUUAAAGUCAGAUCUAAACCCUAUAUCAAAGAUUAUGAAGCAAUUUGGAGUCAGUGGAGCCAAUCGACAUGCAUCAAAAAUAAAGCAGGAGAAGAACAAGAUAAUAUAUUAGUCACUUUGAUGAAAUGGCUGGUCCCUGUGUGUGUGGCUGCCGGCAUCCUGCUGUUUGCCUUCAGCAGUCCUGCUGCAAGAAUGAAGAUAAAAACUCUGUCCCACACUCCAUCACCAGCUCCUUUUUUCAGACCUCUGUAUCAACAUCAUGAAGGCAAUCUCCAGGAAUGGUUUUCACCUAAAGGCAAAUUUCUUCUCACGUACAAACCUGAGGAGAUCUUGACAUCCAAUGCUGUAACUGUUGUUUCGAAACCUGUUAAAAAGGACCCAGAGGAGAACCAGGACCUCCAUAACCCUUUGGUAAUGCAACUGUUUCUCACCCAGUGCCAAACCUCCUACGUUGGCUUACCCGCGAUACAUGAGGCCUCACCGCCUGCAACUAUGGUCUGUCCAGGGGAAACGUCUUACACACAGCUGCCCUGUUCUGUCUGGGGAGUCAAUGUCAACAUCAGCCAUGCAGACUCUGGCUGCAGCAUAGAGGACAUGACCAAGAGCGCAGACAGCAGUUUACCAGACAGUCCCGUUGAUGAUGUUCCCCCACCAUGUUUCUGCACUGAUUACUGCAUCCUCAACAAAACUGCAGGUGGUUUUGCUCCUGUUUUAGUUUCCAAAGGAAGCCGCCUAAAUGCUUCAUCAGAUUCCCUGCAAGACGAUGAGAGAUCAAAUAUUACAUAGAGUAAGUGUAAUUCAUCUGCGCUGCCAUCUUGAUAUCUGGUAAUGCAGCAACCUUAAAGAGGACAUAUUAUGCCCCUUUUCCACCUUUUCAAACAGUCCCCUAUGGUCUAAAUGAAACUUCUGUG